UGAGAGCUAUGAGACUGCUUCUGCAUUUGAGUUUGCUAGCUCUUGGGGCUGCCUAUGUUUCUGUCACUGCUGUAGAAAGUCCCAUGAACAGACUGGUGGCAGAGACCUUGACACUGCUCUCCACUCAUCGAACUCUGCUGAUAGGUGACGGGAACCUGAUGAUUCCUACUCCUGAAAAUAAAAAUCACCAACUGUGCAUCGAAGAAGUCUUUCAGGGUAUAGACAUAUUAAAGAACCAAACUGCACAAGCAGCGGCUGUGGAUAAACUAUUCCAAAAUUUGUCUUUCAUAAAAGCACAUAUAGACAGCCAAAAAAAAAAAUGUGGAGGAGAAAGAUGGAGAGUAAAAAAGUUCCUAGACUACCUGCAAGUGUUUCUUGGUGUCAUAAACACUGAGUGGACAACAGAAAGUUGAGACAAAACUGACUUAUUUUAGUGAAAGAUUUUGGAGGAGAAGAAAAAUGUUUUCUUUUGGAAUGAGAAUGAGGGCCAAGCAACUGUG